CCCUGAGUCAAAUUUCCUGCUGGUCGAACUAACAUUGCGUAACUAAUGUCAACAAAUCAUUAAUUGGAUUCUUUAACAUUCAAAACGAUUUCAGUUCAAAAGUAUCCAAUUGCAUAGAAAGAACCUGGAUUCGAGCCCCUAUUUCCCCCGAUACACAACUCCUCUCUCUUAAGCUUCUUUACAACCUUUUAUUUUCAUUUCAAAGAACGCGAUCCAGAUAUACAAACCUUUCAAAUUGCAAAUUUCUAGGGGUUAUCUCCCUUUCUGCUCAAUUAAGACAAAUUUAUACAUAUAGAAUAUAUAAAGAGGUUGUUUCGUCGUCGCAUCUGUGACUUUCUGGCGAGAUCUCCUAUCCGGAGAUGUCUCAAGUGGAGGACUCAUGGGAGCGUCUAGUGCGUGCGGCACUUCGGAGGGAAAGGACAGGUGGACGUUUUUCUGGACGACCCGAGGCGGGCCUUGCUGCAAUUGUUCCAUCCUCACUUGCAAACAAGGACAUAGAUGACAUUCUGAGGGCUGCAGACGAGAUUCAAGAUGAUGAUCCUACUGUUUCCAGAAUUCUAUGUGAACAUGCGUAUUCCUUGGCUCAAAAUCUGGAUCCAAAUAGCGAGGGAAGGGGAGUAUUACAAUUCAAGACUGGUUUAAUGUCUAUAAUCAAGCAAAAGCUAGCAAAGAGGGAGGGUGGAAGCAUUGACAGAAGCCAGGACAUUACUCUCUUACGAGAAUUUUAUAAACUAUACAGAGAGAAGCAUAAUGUAGAUCAGCUGCGAGAAGAGGAAAUGAAGUUGAGGGAGUCCGGUGUUUUUAGUGGUAACCUCGGAGAACUGGAGCGUAAAACAGUGAAAAGGAAAAGAGUUUUGGCGACUCUCAAAGUUCUUGGGAAUGUUUUGGUGCAGCUGACCGAGGAUAUUUCCCCUGAAGAAGCUGAUAGAUUAAUUCCUGAGGAGCUGAAACGUGUGAUGGAGUCGGAUGCAGCCAUGACAGAAGAUUUAGUUUCCUAUAAUAUCAUUCCCCUGGAUGCUCCUACCAUAACACAUGCCAUUGUGUCUUUUGCUGAGGUAAAAGCUGCGAUUUCAGCUAUUAAGUACUUCAGGGGCAUACCAAAAUUGCCUGGAAAUUUUUCUGCACCACCUACAAGGGGUUUGGACAUAUUUGAUUUUUUGCAAUACACUUUUGGUUUUCAGAAAGAUAAUGUUUCCAAUCAGAGAGAACACGUUGUUAGCCUCCUUGCCAAUGAACAGAGUCGGCUUCGUAUCCCUGAAGAACUUGAGCCGAUAUUGGAUGAGGCUGCUGUGCAGAGGGUAUUUCUGAAGUCCCUUGAUAACUACAUCAAGUGGUGCGAUUAUCUCGGCUUCCUACCCGUAUGGAGCAAUUUGGAGGCUGUAAGCAAAGAGAUGAAGCUUUUGUUUAUUUCACUGUACUUCUUAAUAUGGGGUGAAGCCGCCAACCUCCGAUUUCUUCCAGAAUGCUUGUGCUACGUAUUUCACCAUAUGGGAAGGGAAUUGGAAGACAUACUACGGCAGCAGGUUGCACAGCCAGCUAAGAGUUGUGUCUCCGAGUCUGGUGUAUCAUUUCUCGAUCAAGUUAUACGCCCCCUUUACGAGGUUGUAGCUGCGGAAGCUUCAAACAAUGACAAUGGGCGAGCAGCUCAUUCGGCUUGGCGAAAUUAUGAUGAUUUUAAUGAAUAUUUUUGGUCUCUGCGCUGCUUUGAACUUAGUUGGCCAUGGCGCAAAAUUUCAUCCUUUUUCCUGAAGCCAUCACCUAGGCCAAAGAAUAUUCUAAAAUCUAAUGGAGGCAAACGUUGUGGAAAAACUUCCUUCGUUGAGCACCGGACGUUUCUCCACCUUUAUCACAGUUUUCAUCGCUUGUGGAUAUUCCUUUUCAUGAUGUUUCAGGGGCUCACCAUCAUCGCAUUCAAUCAUGGUCACUUGAACUCCAAGACCAUAAGAGAAGUUCUUAGUGUUGGACCAACAUACUUUGUGAUGAAGUUCGCUGAGAGUGUAUUGGACAUUGUAAUGAUGUAUGGUGCAUAUUCUACCUCACAACAUUUAGCCGUAACAAGGAUUUUUCUCCGUUUUCUAUGCUAUAGCUUAGCUUCAGUUGUCAUAUGUUUCCUUUAUGUUAAGGCUCUUGAAGAGAGGACUAGACCGAAUGCUGAGUCAAUCAUCUAUAAAAUUUAUGUUGUGGUUCUUGCCAUCUACGCUGGUUUUAAAUUCUUCUUGAGUUUCUUGACGCAUAUACCGGCAUGUCACCGUUUAUCCAAUCGAUGUAAUCGUUGGCCCAUCAUUCGUUUUGUCAAGUGGAUGCACCAGGAACAUUACUAUGUUGGCCGGGGCAUGUAUGAAAGAGCUUCAGAUUUUUUGAAGUAUAUGGUGUUCUGGAUUUUUGUUCUUGGAUCCAAGUUUUCUUUUGCCUACUUUCUACUGAUUAGGCCCUUGGUAGGGCCAACAAGGAUUAUAGUAAAUAUGGAUAUCAGGCUAUAUUCCUGGCAUGAUGUUGUGUCAAAAAAUAACCAUAAUGCUCUAACUAUAGUCAGCUUAUGGGCACCUGUAGUGGCUAUUUAUCUUUUAGACAUUUAUCUUUUCUACACCGUUAUAUCUGCUGUAUGGGGUUUCCUACUGGGUGCUAGAGACCGUCUUGGAGAGAUUAGGACUUUAGAUGCUGUUCAUAAACUUUUCGAAAGGUUUCCAACGGCUUUUAUGGAUACUCUCCAUGUACCGCUCCCUGAAAGGGCUUCUGUCCAAUCAUCGAGUCAGGACAUGGAAAAGAGCAAGUUUGAUGCUGCUCGAUUUGCCCCCUUUUGGAACGAAAUCAUAAAGAACCUGAGGGAGGAAGAUUAUAUUACUAAUUUGGAAAUGGAAUUGCUUCAAAUGCCGAAAAAUUCUAGGAGUCUUUCCCUGGUUCAGUGGCCACUUUUUCUUUUAGCUAGCAAGAUAUUCCUUGCAAAAGAUAUUGCUGUAGAUAAAAUAGACUCGCAAGAAGAUCUAUGGGAUAGGAUCUCAAGGGACGACUACAUGAAAUAUGCAGUUAAGGAGAGCUUCUAUGCUGUAAAAUUUAUCCUUACGGCCAUAUUGGAUGACGAAGGAAAUAAUGAAGGGAAGAAGUGGGUUGAGAGAAUAUACGAGGACAUUCAAGGAAGCAUAGUAAACAAGCGUAUUCUCGUUGACUUUCAACUGAAUAAACUGCCACUUGUAAUUCAGAAAGUAACUGCACUCCUGGGAAUACUGAAAAGCGAUAAAACACCUGAACUUGAAACUGGUGCUGUGAAAGCCAUUCUUGAUCUUUAUGAUGUUAUGCGACAUGAUGUUCUCUCUAUCAAUAUGAGAGAAAACUAUGAGACAUGGAAUAUGCUGUCAAAGGCAAGGACUGAUGGUCGUCUUUUUCAAAAGUUGAAGUGGCCAAGAGAUGCUGAAUUGAGGGCACAAGUGAGUAGACUAUAUUCACUUCUAACAAUCAAAGAUUCAGCUGCAAGUAUACCCAAGAAUCUCGAGGCUAGGCGGCGAUUACAAUUCUUCACUAAUUCCCUUUUUAUGGAAAUGCCAGUACCCAAGCCUGUCCGAGAGAUGUUGUCCUUUAGCGUGUUCACUCCAUAUUACUCUGAGAUUGUGCUUUACAGCAUGUCUGAACUCCUUAAGAAAAAUGAAGAUGGCAUUUCAACUUUGUUUUAUCUCCAGAAAAUAUAUCCAGAUGAAUGGAAAAAUUUUCUUUAUCGGAUUGGACGUGAUGAGAACACAACAGAAUUAGAACUUAGUGAUAAUCCUCGUGAUAUCCUUGAAUUGCGGUUUUGGGCUUCAUAUCGAGGACAAACAUUAGCCAGAACUGUUCGGGGGAUGAUGUACUACAGGAAAGCUCUAAUGCUUCAAGCUUAUCUGGAACGGAUGACGACUGGAGAUACUGAAGCAGGUAUUAUUCGAAAUGAAGUAACUGAUGUUCAAGGUUUCGACUUGUCUCCUGAAGUAAGAGCUCAAGCAGAUAUGAAGUUCACAUAUGUUCUUACAUGCCAGAUAUAUGGAAAGCAGAAAGAAGGACAUAAACCCGAGGCUGAAGAUAUUGCUUUGCUAAUGCAGAGAAAUGAAGCUCUUCGAGUUGCUUUUAUCGAUGAAGUUGAAACUCUGAAGGAUGGGAAGGUGCACACAGAAUAUUUCUCAAAACUUGUGAAGGCUGACAUCAAUGGGAAAGAUAAGGAAAUCUAUUCAAUAAAGUUACCGGGGAAUCCUAAACUAGGUGAAGGGAAACCUGAAAAUCAGAAUCAUGCUAUAAUCUUCACACGUGGAAAUGCUGUGCAGACUAUUGACAUGAACCAGGAUAAUUACUUUGAGGAAGCACUGAAAAUGAGAAAUCUUCUUGAAGAACUUUAUCGUGAUCAUGGGAUACGUCCUCCUACGAUUCUUGGUGUCAGGGAACAUAUAUUCACUGGAAGUGUAUCUUCCUUAGCCUCAUUCAUGUCUAAUCAAGAAUCUAGUUUUGUCACUCUUGGUCAGCGUGUUCUGGCGACUCCUUUAAAGGUCCGUAUGCAUUAUGGUCAUCCAGAUGUUUUUGAUAGAAUUUUCCACAUCACAAGAGGUGGUAUCAGCAAAGCAUCUCGUGUUAUUAAUAUUAGCGAAGAUAUCUUUUCAGGAUUCAAUUCAACUUUACGCCAAGGAAAUGUUACACACCAUGAAUACAUUCAGGUUGGCAAGGGGAGAGAUGUUGGGCUGAAUCAGAUAGCUCUCUUUGAGGGAAAAGUUGCUGGUGGUAACGGUGAACAAGUUCUUAGUAGGGAUGUUUACAGGCUUGGGCAGCUCUUUGACUUUUUUAGGAUGCUGUCAUUUUACUUCACAACUGUUGGAUACUACUUCUGUACAAUGCUGACGGUGCUGACUGUAUAUGCUUUUCUUUAUGGAAGGGUGUAUUUGGCACUAUCUGGGGUUGGUGAAACCAUUCAAGAUCGAGCACAAAUUUCGGAUAAUACUGCCUUAAGUGCAGCCUUAAAUGCACAGUUCCUGUUUCAGAUUGGUGUCUUUACAGCAGUGCCAAUGGUUUUGGGUUUCAUCUUAGAGCAGGGUUUUUUGAGGGCUUUUGUAAGUUUUGUCACAAUGCAAUUUCAGCUCUGUACUGUCUUCUUUACUUUCUCACUGGGAACAAGAACACAUUACUUUGGUCGGACUAUUCUUCAUGGCGGCGCUAGGUAUCAAGCAACUGGAAGAGGAUUUGUAGUUCGCCACAUCAAGUUCACAGAAAAUUACAGGCUUUACUCGCGCAGUCAUUUUGUUAAGGGAAUGGAAAUUGUGCUUUUAUUGGUGGUAUACCUCGCAUACGGGUAUUACGAGGGUGGUGCAUUAUCCUAUAUACUCCUCACUGUUAGUAGUUGGUUCCUGGCUAUUUCUUGGCUGUUUGCUCCAUAUUUGUUUAAUCCGUCUGGAUUUGAGUGGCAGAAGACGGUAGAGGACUUUCGGGAUUGGACGAACUGGCUUCUCUAUAGAGGUGGGAUUGGAGUUAAAGGGGAAGAAAGCUGGGAAGCUUGGUGGGAUGAAGAACUGUCUCAUAUUCGAACAUUCAGUGGGAGAUUGAUGGAGACCAUUCUAAGCCUACGAUUUCUUAUAUUCCAGUACGGUAUUGUCUACAAGUUAGAUGUACAGGGAAAUGAUACAUCGUUGACGGCGUACGGAUAUUCAUGGAUAGUGUUUGCUGUGCUUAUAAUUCUUUUCAAGGUCUUCACCUUUAGUCAGAAGAUCUCAGUUAAUUUUCAGCUGCUGCUGCGGUUUAUCCAAGGUCUCUCGUUUUUGCUUGCACUGGCUGGCUUGGCUGUUGCUGUUGCACUUUCUGAUCUCUCUAUUACUGACAUAUUCGCUUGCAUCUUGGCUUUUUUACCCACGGGAUGGGGAAUUCUAUGCAUUGCUUGCGCUUGGAAGCCUUUGAUGAAGAAAUUGGGGUUGUGGAAGUCCAUAAGAUCAAUUGCUCGUCUAUACGAUGCUGGAAUGGGGAUGCUUAUUUUCAUCCCAGUUGCGUUGUUUUCAUGGUUUCCAUUUGCUUCAACAUUCCAGACCCGACUUAUGUUCAACCAAGCGUUCAGUCGAGGGCUGGAAAUCUCUCUUAUCCUUGCUGGAAACAACCCGAACACUGGCAUGUGAUGAUAUUAUGUGGCUGUUUGGCUUUUAUUAGGUGAUGUAAAAGAUAGCUGCUUUAGUUGAUAUCUUUCUAUUUUAGUUCCUUUACAUAGCCUAAAAUUCAUUUAAAGUUAUGCAGAGAAAUGAGGUCUUCUCAAACUGAUUAUUUCUAAUAUACACUAUUGCGCGUGUAAUUUGAGAUAAAAGUACAGUUGUUUUUUGGAGUGUGUUGUUAAAAAAUAGGGAAAUGUUACGAA